AUGGAUCUGGGCAUUGUCACUAUCAAAUAUAGUCCCUUGAAAUGGGCACUGAUGCAAAAUGGGACUUCGUUAAAAUUGCCAAAUGACCCCGGCUCAAAGCAAAACUCACGAUCCAACUCUCCAACAAAAUCCGCACAAAACCUUUUCUACACCCGAAGGAAGCAUGUGCAAGCUUUGUCUUCACUGAGUUUCAUAAAGCCAAUCGAGGAUUCUCUCCAAGCAAUGAAAAAUUAUCAGCCAAAUUCUGAAAACAGUUCAAUAUCUUUUGAGGUGCUAGAACAAAACUGGUACGGAGAUGUUACGAAUGUUGGACAAAGACUUAAACUACUACGGGACACUUUUAAGGUUAUACAGACGGUGCGCAAAAAGAAGGCAGCAGGCCAAAAAGUUGACUUUAAACCAGUUUACGAUAUCAGAGCUUCACAAAUUGGAAGUCCCCCACAUCUGGAUGAUGAGGGCCCACGUCCUAAGACCGAAGAUGAAGAUGAAUACCGCGUGAAGGUAUAUCCUCCACCCGCAAGGAGAGGACGCCCAAGGAAGCGGAGAGGUAGAGAGAGGAAAGUUCCUGUCGGCAGUGAGCGUUCGACUCCUGCUCCUAGGGGUAGACCUGGGCGAAAACCAAAGGAUCGUUCAUCACUGCCACUGGUGGCAUUGAGUCAAAGAGCUGAGAGAUCUACCACACCAGCACAGCCGUCUCAUUUGGGAGAUAGCUCAGUUGUCAAUUUCGAAUCUGAUACGCCAUCGCCAUCACCAGCGCCUGGUGCUGUCACCUCGGAUGCAAGUUUUGCGCUGAGCUCACAACCGGAGACAAGCAAGGUCCCAGAACCACAAGGCCCGCCAUUAAUGUACCUGCCUCCAAUACUUCCUAGUCAACGCCUCCAACUUGUACAAGGCAUACCACCAUACAAACAUAUGAGAGAAAUAGAGACGGGAAACUCAACUAAUGAAGUCCCUAGUGGCCAGACUCCCACUAGGAAUAUUUUAGAGGCACCGGCAAAUUCCAGCGUUGGUGGGCCACAAAGUAUUCAAGCAGUCCCUUCCGAAGCUGAUGCUCCUCAUGCGCAAACUAUGGAACACAGUAGAAGGGAGGAAGUUCAGGGAGGACCUGAAGCCUCAGAAAUGUCUGCAGUGUUCCGACAGUUGGCAGAAGGCCAGGCAAGUCUUCCAUCGCUUCCUAGCAUUAAUGGGUCGUUUCUUGGGCAAGAAGCACGGCAACAAUAUAAUAGUCAAUUGCCACUAGCACAAUCCUUUGCCAGCACGCCCAACUUUCAGACCCCAUACAAGCAGCAAAUUCCAUCAGAAGUUCCAAAUGUACCUCUAGAUACAAAUUCUACCUUCUCUAAUGGGAAUUCAGUGGAUUAUGAUUUACAUAGAGUUGAGAUGGAGCUAGCAGCGGCUCUCAACCUGCCGUUCGAUCAAAAAGCCGACACUCCCAAUCCACAAGCUGGCAACUCUGACCAGUCGUUUAUCAACCGCCUUCUCAAUUGA